AAUAUGUGCCUCCUCUUACAUUGAAGAGGGUUCAAUCGUUAGCGGGGGUCGGAGAGAAAGAAAGGGGAGAAUGUAGUUUUUUUUUAAAGACCAAAACGCAAGGCGUUGACCACAGCGCUUGGCUUCAAGUCAACAGUGCGCAGGCGUGUUGCCAGCAAGGUGGCGGUGUCUGCGCAUAUUCGAUGAUGAAGGAAAGGGGGCGUGGUCAAACCGAGGCUCACGUACAUGUCGGGGUCUGCCAGGCAGAAAGAUGGCGGCGCCCGUGUAGAUUUCAGUGACGUCACCUGCCAGCACUGGCCGGAAUUUCCUGACAACAAGAUGGCGGCCGGGAUGCACCAGGAUCAUUAUCUGAACCAAAGAUAAUCUUUGAUCUGAACUGUGAGUCGUCCAGCGCGGUGGGGAGGGUGAGAUGCAGCCCGAGGGUUUAGGAGCCGUUGCUGUGGACAUAGAGACAGGGACGUGAGCAGCCAUUGAGGGCGGCCAGGGUGCCAGUGAGCCCCCCACCCCCCCAUCUGCUUGGUCUGCGGGCUGAGCUUCGAGGGGCUGAGCUUCGAUGGAAGACCACAUGACGGGGCACAGCAAGGAGAAGCGUUUUAAGUGCGACGUGUGUGGCAAGGCGUUCCAAUACCCGAGCCACCUGGAGAUCCACCAGCGGGUGCACACGGGAGAACGCCCCUUCGACUGUUCAGACUGCGGCAAGAACUUCAAGUCGGAGCGGGCACUGAUGGACCACCGGCGGGUGCACACGGGCGAGAAGCCCUAUGGCUGUUCCACCUGUGGCAGGAGCUUUGUCCGGUUGUCGGGGCUACGGGGGCACCGGCGCGUGCACAGCAGUGAGCGGCCCUUCACCUGCUCCGACUGUGGCAAAGGCUUCAAGUCCUUGCCUGAACUGAAGGUGCACAGGCGCCUGCACACCGAAGAGCGGCCCUUCACCUGCUCAGACUGUAGCAAAGGCUUCAAGUCGUCGCAUGAACUGAAGGUGCACAGGCGCCUGCACACUGGGGAGCGGCCCUUCACCUGCUCCGACUGCGGCAUGAGCUUUGCCCAGUCGUCGGCGUUGCAGAAGCACCGGCGGCUGCACAGCAGUGAUCGACCCUUCACCUGCUCUGACUGCGGCAAAGGCUUCAAGUUGUCCACGUACCUGAAGGAGCACAUGCGCGUGCACACCGGGGAGCGGCCCUACACUUGCAGCGUCUGCGGCAAGGGUUUCAUCCGCUCCGACAGCCUGCUGGAGCAUCAGCUCACCCACACGGGCGAGCGCCCCUUCACCUGCGCCCAGUGCGGUAAGGGCUACACCCGCUCUGCCAGCCUGCUGUCCCACCAGCGGAUGCAUGUCGCCGACUGUCUCAUCCCCAGGUCUUACCGUUGCUCCGACUGCGGCAAGAGCUUCAAGCGGACGCAACAUCUGAAGGUCCACCAGCGGGUGCACACGGGCGAGAAGCCCUUUGUCUGUUCCACCUGUGGCAAGAGCUUCACCCAGUGGUCGGGGCUGUGGGUGCAUCGGCGAGCGCACAGCAGUGAGCGGCCCUUCACCUGCUCCGACUGCGGCAAAGGCUUCAAGUCAUCCACGGACCUGAAGAGGCACAGGCGCCUACACACCGGGGAGUGGCCCUACACCUGCAGCGACUGCGGUAAGGGCUUCUCCCGUCCCACCAGCCUGCAGGCUCAUCAGCGGGUACACGCCGGCAACCGUCCCGUCCCCAGCCCGGAGUAUGGAGAGCGCUUUGCCAUGGCCUCCCACGCCGUGUCUCACCAGCAGGUGCACACCAGUGGCCAGCCGUACGACUGCCCGAACUGCGGUGAGGUGUUUGACAGCUCGCGGGGGUUGCGUCAUCACCGGCGGGCCCACAACAGCGAGCGGCUGCUCCCACUACGGCAAGAGUUUCAAAAGUGCUCGGGGGCUGCGGGAGCACCAGCGGAUACACACCGGAGAGAGACCAUUUGUGUGCGCUGAGUGUGGCAAGGGCUUCACCUGCAUGUCCGGCCUGUGGCAGCACCGGCGUACCCACAGCUGUGAGCGUCCCUUCCCUUGCCCGUCCUGUGGUAAGGACUUCACCCACCUGACCACCUGUUUGAGCACUGGCAAGUCCACACCGGCCAGUGCCCCUACACCUGCCCGCUCUGGCAAGGUCUUUGCCUGCUCCUCCAGCCUGCUGGCACAUUGCGACGUGGAUAGGUGCUGUUUAGGUAGACACAAAAUGCAAGAAGGAAUGGGUAACGUUUUGGGUUGAGACCCUUCUUCAGUCACGACCCAAAACGUCACCCAUUCCUUCUCUCCAGAGAUCCAUGGAUAACAAGGGAUAUCAGGGAUAGUAUCAAAACAAAAGAUGAAGCAUACAAAUUAGCCAGAAAAAGCAGCCUACCAGUGGACUGGGAGAAAUUCAGAGACCAGCAGAGAAGGACAAAGGGCUUAAUUAGGAAAGGGAAAAUAGAUUAUGAAAGAAAACUGGCAGGGAACAUAAAAACUGACUGCAAAAGUUUUUGUAGAUAUGUGAAGAGAAAAAGAUAAGUUAAAACAAAUGUAGGUCCCUUGCAGUCAGAAACAGGUGAACUGAUCAUGGGGAGCAAGGACAUGGCAGACCAAUUGAAUAACUGGUUCUGUCUUCACUAAGGAAGACAUAAAUAAUCUGCCGGAAAUAGCAGGUGACCGGGGGUCAAAUGAGAUGGAGGAACUGAGUGAAAUCCAGGUUAGCCGGGAAGUGGUGUUAGGUAAAUUGAAUGGAUUAAAGGCCGAUAAAUCCCCAGGGCCAGAUAGGCUGCAUCCCAGAGUGCUUAAGGAAGUAGCCCCAGAAAUAGUGGAUGCAUUAGUGAUAAUUUUUCAAAACUCUUUAGAUUCUGGAGUAGUUCCUGAGGAUUGGAGGGUAGCUAAUGUAGCCCCACUUUUUAAAAAGUGAGGGAGGGAGAAAACGGGGAGUUACAGACCAGUUAGUCUAACAUCGGUAGUGGGUAAAAUGCUAGAGUCAGUUAUUAAAGAUGGGAUAGCAGCACAUUUGGUAAGUGGUGAAAUCAUUGGACAAAGUCAGCAUGGAUUUAUGAAAGGUAAAUCAUGUCUGACGAAUCUUAUAGAAUUUUUCGAGGAUGUAACUAGUAGAGUGGAUAAGGGAGAACCAGUGGCUGUGUUAUAACUGUACUUUCAGAAGGCUUUCGACAAGGUCCCACAUAAGAGAUUAGUAUGCAAACUUAAAGCACACGGUAUUGGGGGUUCAGCAUUGAUGUGGAUAGAGAACUGGCUGGCAGACAGGAAGUUAACAGUAGGAGCAAACGGGUCCUUUUCAGAAUGGCAGGCAGUGACUAGUGGGGUACUGCAAGGCUCAGUGCUGCGACCCCAGCUAUUUACAAUAUAAAUGAUCUGGAUGAGGGAAUUGAAUGCAACAUCUCCAAGUUCGCGAAUGGUAUGUUAGCAUUCAUGCAUACCCGAAAAAGGGACCACAUCACCCAGAUCCUGGCCUCUCUCCACUGGCUCCCUGUGCGGUUCCGUAUACAUUUCAAGUCCCUCCUUUAUGUAAAAAGCCCUCAAUGGGCAUGUCCCCUCCUACAUUAAAAGUCUUCUCACCUUCCCAUCAGAACUGCCCCCUCCAUCGACUCCUUUAAGUCAAGACUAAAAUCUUAUCUAUACUCCCAAGCCUUUCCUGACGUCCACUGAGCGAGGGAUAUAUGUAUAUAUGUAUGUAGUUUUUUGUUUAUACUAUUCUUAUAACAAAUGUAAAGCACUUUGGCCAACGAGAGUUGUUUUUUAAAUGUUCUAUAUAAAUAAAUGUGACUUGACUUGACAUUCAUAGCAAAAGGAUUUGAGUAUAAGACCAGGGAGGUUCUACUGCAGUUGUACAGGGUCUUGGUGAGACCACACCUGGAGUAUUGCGUACAGUUUUGGUCUCCUAAUUUGAGGAAAGACAUUCUUGCCAUAGAGGGAGUACAGAGAAGGUUCACCAGACUGAUUCCUGGGAUGGCAGGUCUUUCAUAUGAAGAAAGACUGGAUAGACUCGGCUUGUACUCGCGAAAAAUUAGAAGAUUGAGGGGGGAUCCUAUAGAAACUUACAAAAUUCUUAAGGGGUUGGAGAGGCUUGAUGCAGGAAAAUUGUUCCCGAUGUUGGGGAAGUCCAGAACAAGGGGUCACAGUUUAAGGAUAAGGGGGAAGUCUUUUAGGACCAAGAUGAGAAAAACAUUUUUCACACGGAGAGUGGUGAACCUGUGGAAUUCUCUGCCACAGAAGGCAGUUGAGGCCAGUUCAUUUGCUAUAUUUAAGAGGGAGUUAGAUGUGGCCCUUGUGGCUGAAGGGAUCAGGGGGUAUGGAGAGAAGGCAGGUACGGGAUACUGAGUUGGAUGAUCCUCAUUCCCUCUAAAGCGGUGGAGGAACUCAGUGGGUCAGUCCGUAUCUGUAGAGGGAAGAUAAUCUAAGGAGACACUCCCACCUCUCAUAGAACAGAGAAAAUAAGUGCAGGAGGAGGCCAUUCGGCCCUUUGAGCCAGCACCGCCAUUCAUUGUAAUUAUGGCUGAUCAUCCCCUAUCAAUAACCCGUGCCUGCCUUCUCCCCAUAUCCCUUGACUCCACUAGCCCCUAGAGCUCUAUCUAACUCUCUCUUAAAUCCAUCCAGUGACUUGGCCUCCACUGCCCUCCGUGGCAGGGAAUUCCAUAAAUUCACAACUCUCUGGGUGAAAACUUUUUUUCUCACCUCAGUCUUAAAGGACCUCCCCUUUAUUCUAAGACUGUGUGGCCCCUUGUUAUGGACUCGCCCAACAUUGGGAACAUUUUUCCUGCAUCUAGUUUGUCCAGUCCUUUUAUAAUUUUAUAUGUUUCUAUAAGAUAUCCCCUCAUCCUUCUAAACUCCAGUGAAUACAAGCGUAGUCUUUUCAAUCUUUCCUCGUAUGACAGUCCCGCCAUCCCAGGGAUCAAUCUGGUGAACCUACGCUGCACUGCCUUAAUCACAAGGAUGUCCUUCCUCAAAUUAGGAGACCAAAACUGUACACAAUACUCCAGAUGUGGUCUCACCAGAGCCCUAUACAACUGCAAAAGAACCUCUUUACUCAUAUACUGAAAUUCUCUUGUUAUGAAGGCCAACAUACCAUUAGCUUUCUUCACUGCCUUCUGUACCUGUAAGCCAACUUUCAGUGACCGAUGUACAAGGAUGCCCAGGUCUCGCUGCACCUCUCCCAUACCUAACCUAACCCCAUUGAGAUAAUAAUCUGCCCCCUUGUUUUUGCCGCCAAAGUGGAUAAUUUUUCCUUUCCAGCUUUCUCCACCCCCACACCAAGCAGUCUGAAGAAGUGUCCUGACCUAGAAUGUUGCCUGUCCAUGCUCUCCAAAGGUGCAAGUUACUCCAGGAGAUGUUGUCUCUUUUUGUAAACCAGCAUCUGCUGUUCCUUGUAUCUAGACUAGGCGUGCAUUUCAUCCAACACUUGCACUCGGUCCACCAAGGCCUGCUGAAUGUCCCGGUUGCCAACCAUUUUAACUCCCCUUCUCACUUCCCACACUGAUCUUUCUGUCCUGGGCCUCCUCCAUUGCCACAGUGAGGUGACAUGCAAACUGGAGGAACAACACCUCAUAGCUUACAGCCCAAGGACAUGAAGAUCGAAUUCUCCAAUUUAAGGAGACCCCCCCCCCCCCCCCCCAAUCAAGUCCUGGAGUCUGUCCCGACCCCAGCUCUUUUUUCCAGCUUUCUCCCUCGACUCCAACAGUCUAAAGAAGUGUUUGGACCCAACACGUCGUCUGUCCAUUCCCCUCCAAAGUGCCGGUAAAACUCAGCAGGUCAGCCAGCCAGGUCAGCGGUGGGAAACUGAUAGAGAAGUGUUUCUAAUAUAAGCUCCCCUUGUGCCCUGUCAAGAAUGUGUUGUCCAUUCUUGGGAUGGGAUGCAAGGUCCGAGCUGACCAGUCAUCGACAGCCCCCCCCCCCCCCCUCAUGGGCCAUCUCUUCGUCAUUCCUCUGUCUUCUCACUGGUGAAAGGCAUCAGGAUUAAUCCGGAGUCACCGCUUGCUGUCCCCAGCCAUUCCCCCUCAACUCUGAACGGUGGGAACUCGUUCUCCGCCCUUGGACGUGCGCUAGAUUCCGGCUGCAGUAAACAAGGACUUUUACUCGUUAACCCGCUGGAGCCAAGUUGUAUUCCAAUGAAAUAAAUGUCUUUUUUAAGCAAAAAAAAAUGUAGAUAGACACAUGUCAUCCCAUGAUAAGCUUUCCUCUAUUAAAAAAAGAAUAAUGCU